AUGAAUUCCUCAUCUCAUGCCCACAAUAUGUCCAUCCGUCAGCGCGAUCAAGACGCCUUCAAUUUAUCUGUCAUCAGAAUGGCGGUAGUUUUGGCUCUCGGACUCAUCAUCAAUUAUAUAAAUGGCACACUGAUUCACACCUUCAGGAAACACGAGAUCUUUUACUUGAAUCCUCGUUACAUCCUGUUCAUCCACCUGGUGAUAAAUGACAUAAUCCAGCUCACUACAUCAAUCACCCUGUUGGUGUUGGCUAACAUCUUCUACAGGAUCAACGUGUCCCUCUGCUGCCUCAUCCUCAUGUUUACCAUCUUCACCACCUUCAACACGCCGCUGAAUCUGGCUGUCAUGGCCGUGGAGUGCUACAUUGCUGUUUGUUUCCCACUGCGGCACACAGAGUUCUGCACCAUCAAAAGAACCUACAUCAUCAUUGGGUGGAUUUGGGCCAUGAGCGUCAUCUCAGCUCUGAUAGACGUCUUUAUUGUUGCGGCCACUGAGCCUGGACGGUUGUUCAACAAUGUCAUAUACUGUGCAAAGAGUAACCUCUUCCGACACCCAGUGAGUUUAAAAAAGAGGGAGGUUUCUUACAUUCUGUGCAUGAUUGCUGUGUGGCUCACCAUUUUCUACACGUACUCGAAAAUCUUUGUUGCUGCAAGAGCUGCUAAAACAACUAAAACUUCAAGUGGAGAUGUCAAAAAGGCAAGAAACACCAUUGUGCUUCACAGCUUCCAGCUUCUUCUUUGCAUGCUCACCUACGUAUCCCAUAUGAUAAUCAAAGCUAUGUUGACUUCAUUCCCAAAGUAUUCUACAGAAAUCAUCUUCAUUAGCUACAUUAUCGUCCACGUCUUUCCCAGACUCAUUAGUCCCAUUGUGUAUGGGUUACGAGACAAAACAUUCAAACAAUAUUUUAAAAAGUAUGUCCUCUGUUGA